AUGGCUUGGCUGGCCGGCCAAACUGUAUACUUAUCUGCCUGGAUGGCCAAGACGGCGGCGGAGUAUCUGGAACCCGGCUGCACAACGACGAUCAUGGAUCGCCGCACACCUCUCUGCCAGCGCACUGCAGCAUCUUGCGAGGAUGUGACGAUGCAGCUUGUUGCAGGACGUGGGCAUGGCGGGGGGAGCUUCGUUGUGCUACCUCCUACUACUCUCACGUCUCAAAAACCUGGGGUGCACUUUUUCGAGCGAGAGGAACUCGACCAAUCGAAUCACUGGUUUCCCCACGAUGGCCGAUGGAGAGAGAUUGUACAGAAACACCAAGAAGAAGUUGCAUGCGCGUCCGCCAAGAGUCCGCCCGGGCUUGGAAGUGAGACGCUCCCCGUCGCAUGUCUGCGUCCCGCUGGCUUUUCCCACCCCAAAGAGCAGCCCCCACGGCUGCUUAAACGCCGAAGCAGCGAGAAACAAGAACACUGA